UACCAUCUGCACUCCAAAAACAGGGUUGAAGAGACUGGUCCUCUCAUCUUUUCUGGUAUGGCCACACUGAAUAAAUUCCCUUUUCUGUCUCUUAUUUUUAUUUUAUGUGUACAGUGUUUUGCCUUCGUGCAAGUCUUUGCACCACACACAUGAAGGCCCACAGAGGCCUGAAGAGGGAGUCAGAUCCCCUGGAACUGAGUUAUAAAUGAUUGUGAAUUGCCACAUGGGUACUUGUAAUAGAACCUGGAUCCUCUGGAAGAGAAGUCAGCGCUCUUGACCACUGAGACAUCUCUCCAACGCUAGGUGUAACAUGAAUGCUCUUUGUAGAGGCUUUGAUGUAAACAUUUUCAUUUAGAGAGAGAGAAAGAGAGAGGGAGGAAGGGAGGGAGAGUUUUCACGGAAAGACAACCUAUGGGAGUCAGUUCUCUCUUUGUACUAUGUGGGUACUGGGGAUCAAAUUCAAACCCUCAUUCACUGAGUCAUCUUGCUGUCCUUAUUUUAAUUUUUUUUAAGUUGUAGUGUUUAUAGCAAUAAAUCAUAGAUCUAAUAUUCUUUUUUUGUUUUUGAGGCCUUAUAGCUCGGGCUUGUCUUGAACUGGAGAUGAUCCUCCUGCCUCUGUCUCUUGAGUCCUGUACUUCACUAUACCCAAGAUUUGGGAUUACCCACCCCAUUCUCUUGGCAGGUUGUCACUCUGUAGCCCAGGCUGGUCUCAUCCACAGAGGCCUUCCUGCCUUGGCUUCCCAAGUGCUGGAUGGGAUUGUAACAUUAUAGGCAAGAUAUUUCCUUUUAUUUUUGUGGCUGGCGGCCAACAAGGACAGAUCAGCCACGAAGGCCUCAGGCACGCUUCGGGAGUACAAGGUGGUGGGGCGCUGCUUGCCCACCCGGAAGUGCCACACACCACUCCUAUACCUCAUGCACAUCUUUGCGACGAACCAUGUGGUGGCCAAGUCCCGAUUUUGGGCACAGAUGAACAAGAUGAAGAAGUCAUCCGAGGAGAUCGUACACUGUGCAGUGCGACCUGAGGCCCCACUGCGGGUGAAGAACUUUGCGGUAUGGCUGCACUACAACUCACAACAUGACACACACAACAUGUGCCAAGAAUACCGGGACCUGACCGCUGCUGGAGCCGUCAAACAGUGCUACCAAGACACGGGUGCCCCGCACUGUGCCCGUGCACACUCCAUUAACCUGAUGAAGGUGGAAGAGAUUUCAGAGGGCAAGUGCCGAAGGCCUGCUGUCAAGCAGUUCUUGGGCUCUGAGAUCAGGUUCCUGCUUCCUCACCGGGUGUUGCAGCGCCAGCACACCACGCUUCACUACAAAUAGGCCUAACACCUGC